GCAGAGGGGAGGCCUCACAGUGGUAGGCUGCAUCCACACUGGAGGAAUAAUCCGGUUUGGCACCGCUUUAACUCUUCGCCUGGCCCUUAUCUUUGUUCUGCCCUCCCUUCUCUACCUUCCUUCCAUUCAAAACAAAGACUUUCCUCUUUGGUCCUGAAAACGUGCCCUUUAAGAGCAUCUGGACUUCAUCUCCCAGAAGCCUCUGCCGUGUCGCCAACGGCCUGGGACUCUGGGAACUGAAGUCCGAAAUCCCUCGACGGACGAGCAGCAGCAGAGUCAGGGGAGCCCUGCGCUGGAGGAACCAUGCAUGCACGCAGGAAACGUGACUAUGAAGGGUUCCUCUGUUCGUUGUUGUUGCCUGCGGGAUCUCGUCCGUCUGCUUUCGCCCUCAGAGCCUUCAACAUAGAACUGGCUCAGAUUAAAGACUCUAUAACCCAAAAGACCAUUGGUUUGAUGCGACUUCAGUUCUGGAGGAAAACUGUGGAAGAUAUAUACCAUGACAAUCCACCCCAACAACCAGUUGCAAUAGAGUUGUGGAAGGCAGUCAAGCGACAAAACUUGAACAAAAGGUGGCUUAUGAAGAUUAUUGAUGAAAGGGAAAAAAAUCUGGAUGAUAGAGGAUAUCGGGAUAUCAGUGAACUUGAAGCAUAUGCUGAAAACACACAGAGUGUCCUCCUUUAUCUCACUCUGGAAACACUUGGUGUGAAGGACAUCCAUGCAGACCACGCAGCCAGUCACAUUGGAAAGGCACAAGGCAUAGUAACCUGCUUAAGAGCUACUCCGUACCAUGCUAGCAGAGGGAGGAUCUUUCUGCCCAUGGACAUAUGUAUGCUGCAUGGCGUUUCACAGGAAGAUUUCAUAAGACGUAAACAGGAGAAGAAAAUGCAAGAUGUCAUAUACGACAUUGCCAGUCAAGCACAUGUUCAUCUAGAACACGCUAGGUCCUUCAGGAAGAGCGUUCCUCCUAAAGCAUUUCCUGCCUUUCUCUGUACAGUUGCUAUUGAGGAUUAUUUAAAUCAAAUACAAAAAGUUGACUUCAAUAUAUUUCAUCCAAGUUUGCAUCAGAAGAACACUUUACUACCUUUGCAUUUAUAUAUUAGAUCAUGGAAGAAAACUUAUUAAAUUAUAUUUAACAUGA